CACUUCUUGAGGCACAGUUGCCCCUAAUGCAUCAUCAUUCAGCAUCUUCUCUAGCCCACAAAAGCCAUGUCUAAAGAACUCAUCUCUAUGCUUUCCUCCAGAUUGGUCGCGGUAAUUUCGUUUUUUCUGGCACUAACACUCGUGAAAGGAUUUGAAGGAACAAUCGGGGUCAACUAUGGCACCGUCGCAAACAACCUGCCCCCACCAGCUCAGGUGGCACAUUUCCUUUUAGAGUCCACUGUUAUCAACCGCGUAAGGCUUUUUGAUGCAAAUCCUGAAAUUCUAAGAGCUUUUGCCCACACCGGGGUUGCUGUCACAAUAAGUGUUCCAAAUGACCAAAUUCCUGACCUUACAAAGCUAAAUUUCGCUCAACAAUGGGUAGAAGACUAUAUCCAACCUCACACACCAGCCACCAAUAUAGUCCGUAUUUUAGUAGGCAACGAGGUAAUAUCUACAGCAAACAAGUUGUUAAUAGUAAGUCUUGUUACAGCCAUGGAAACCCUCCAAACAGCCCUUGUUGCAGCUUCAUUAGACCGGCGAAUCCAAGUUUCGACGCCUCACUCUCUAGGCAUUUUAUCGAAUUCAAGCCCACCAUCCACAGGAAAAUUUCGACAAGGGUAUGACACACAUGUAAUCAAGCCAUUGCUUAGCUUCCUAAGAGAUUCCAAUUCACCGUUUAUGGUAAACCCCUAUCCAUUUUUUGACUGCUCACCAGAUACCCUUGAUUAUGCCCUGUUCCAGCCAAAUGCUGGAGUGUUCGAUGAAAACACACAGCUUUUUUACACAAAUAUGUUGGAUGCUCAGUUGGAUGCGGUCUUUUCAGCUAUGAAACUCCUUGGAUUUGAUGAUCUUGAGAUUGUCAUAGCUGAAACAGGUUGGCCAUCCAUGGGGGAUGCAACCCAAUUUGGUGUUGAUGCAAAGAGUGCAGCUGAAUAUAAUGGCAAUCUCAUGCGGCAUGUAACAUCCGGUGUGGGAACACCCCUAAUGCCAAACCGAACUUUUGAGACCUACAUUUUUGCGCUUUUCAAUGAAGAUCUUAAGCCAGGGCCAACAUGUGAGAGGUACUUCGGGCUCUUCCGACCAGAUAUGACACCAGUCUAUGAUAUUGGGAUCCUAAGGCCAACAGUAGCUGCUGCCGCCAAUAUACAGCAUGCUACAUGUUUGUUAAUCAUUACAGUCGGCCUUCUAAUAAUUAAAAAUCAUGGCUAGAGAUCAUACAUUGCUAAUACGUAACAACCCAAUCCCAGUACCUAUGCCCAGACCAAUUGCAUCAGAUGCCAAAGUAUAAGGGAAAACAAUGGUGGUGUGUUCCCAAGACUAGUGCCUAUGAAAGUGGUUUGCAAAGGAAUAUGAAGUGUACUGCAUGUACCAUGCAUUAACAUGAAUGCAUUCUAUAAACCAGCCAGAAGUGAUUAAGCUCGUGAUUUUGAGCGAACUGGAGUCAUCACAAUCAUUUUUCCAAGUACAUGAGAUCAAAAUACCCUUUCUUAGUUCCCUGUUCUAAUCAAUUCACCCUUAUUUCUUUCUGAUCAUCUUCAUCAGAAUUUCCUUUAAUCUAUCUUUCGUUCUUUUCUUUGUUGCAGGCUGUGAAACGUGCCAUUAAUACUGACUCUUGAUUUGAAAAAACAACCAGGACCUGCAACUAAAAAUGAUUUCUUAUUCGGUUUUGUUUUUAUAUAUUCUUUACAGGCAAAGAAGCAUAAGAACUGGGGGGAACCAAGGAUGUAAUAUGAUGUCUAGGCCUAGACAGCAUGGUUACAUUGGCGAUGCUAUUCAUGGCAUAUUACAUUUCAAGAUAUAUAAACUACUUUUCUUGCUGACUUAAAAGAUAAUAUAUAAACAAUAUCAUGGGAUAUGUAUGUCAUGUGAUUCUUUCGUGCAUGAAUAUGUUUUUUCAUUUCAAUCAUUUGUUUCUUUC